UUUCUGGUCCCGCAGGUGGAAUGACUCAUUUUUCCUGCUCUAGUUUUACUGUUAAAUGACAUUUGUCAUGAGCUGGAUUGAUCCGUGGGCGGGUCUGUGAGGAUAUAAAAGCGCACACCACGAGCAUCAAUGAAGCCCGACAGCAGCGCCAAAGAUGUUUCUCUUAUGCUCAGUAUGCUUUUUGCUGGUGUCCGCUCUCUCUGGAGCCAAUGGUGAGGAAGAGUACACUUACUGGCGCACGGAUCCGGUCACCAGACAACAGCUGCUGUGUAAUCGGUGUCCCCCGGGAUCACGCCUGCGCGCGCACUGCACGCGCUCCAGCCAGACGGAAUGCGCCCCGUGCGGUGCGGGUCUGUUCACGGAGUUCUGGAACUACAUCCCGGACUGUCUGCGCUGCGACACCUGCUCCGACCAUCAGACCAUGAGAGUCGUUCGGCCGUGUAACGGAUCCGUCAACACACUCUGCGAAUGCAAGGCGGGAUUCUACUGGGAUGAGCACUUCUGCAGGAGACACAGCACCUGCAAACCGGGUCACGGAGUCAAAGCUUCCGGGACGCCGCACAAAGACACGGUGUGUGAGCUCUGCGCAGACGGACACUUCGCAGAUGUUACUCAAGAAAACACAACGUGCGUUACUCACAGCGCCUGCGAGGACCAUAAACUGCUGCUGCUGCCGGGAUCCAGGUGGCAUGACAGUGUGUGUGCAACAUGUGACCAUCACGAUCACACACCGAAAGGUUGGGAGGAUUUAUUCAAGCCGGUUCUGUCUGGUCUGCACGUUCAGUUUGGGAUUCCCAUCGAGCGUAUGCAGAAGUUAGUGAACCGGCGUCUGCGCAGGGGGAGCGGCAGGAGGAACGGCAAGCGAGCCGCGCCGCAGCAUCUCCAGCGGAACGACGGGACGUCUGAGGAGGAACUGCUGAACCUGCCGUCCAUCCUGGAGGAAACGCACCAGAGUCUCCUCGCAGACAGAAUCGCACGCAAAAUCCUGCGAUUCCAGCAGCACUGCAGAAGCAGAGAGUUGUAACCGUGCGACAGACGAAGGUUGUUCACGCUGCACUGAAACACUCACUGCGAUUUGAUUUUGAUACUGUCUCACCUGCUUUAUAAAGUCUAGAAGUGCAUCAGAUUUUGUCCUGACCCUUAAAGCUUCCAGCGAAGGGUGCUGGAUGUGUGACGCUCAGAUUGUACUCAUGCACUUUACAGUCUGUCCUGUCAAUAAAUUUCACAUGCUGUGUUGCACUGGACUCCACUGUUUUGUAAAUAAUGCAGAUGAUUUUUGUGUUGUAUUGGUUUUGCAUUGAAAAUGCUGUUCCCUAUUUAUUGACUAAACUGUGUGUCAGACUACAAAACAGCUCAUUAAACGGUGAAACGAG